AUGUUACGAGUAAUUGGUGUCACCGCAAUUACUGGAAGUCAAGCCAUACAAGAAGCAGGCUUUCAAGAACCAUCUCAACCCCAAGUGAGCAAUACAGCUGAUACAGCAGGGAGGAUGUCAUCACCAGCAGAAAUUGAGCUCUUGGCAUUACCAUCAGCUGCAGAAGAUACACCCAUAGCAGUGCCAGCAAAUGUAACAUCUCCACCAGCACAUCCUGUCAGUCUUGUGCCAGGACCUUCAAAUAGUGGAACUAUACAAGGAGAAAGGUUGUCGGUAUCUGCCGGCCCUUCUACACCUCGUCAUCGCCAUCUUAGCCAGCGAAGACUGCGACAAACACCAUUUGACCGAGCCACCAGCGAGUUUGUAGCAAUAGAGGAGAAUCGGUUGCGUUUCGAAAGGGAGAGGGAUGUGCGUCAACACGAGCUAGAAACUGAACGACUCCAAAUAGAAGCACGACGUCUGCAACUUGAUAGAGAGCGCGUUCGGGUCGAAGAAGUCCGCACCCGUGUAGAGGCAGACCUACGUGACUACAUCCAAGAAUUAAAUUUAAAAAUAACAGCUCUUAUGUCACUAUUGGAGACUCGUGAUUUGAGACCGAAUUAG